AUGUCGGCCCGCACGCCAAGUCCGCCUCGGGAGAAGGGGAGGGAUAAGUCUCGGAUCGACGAUGCCAACGCGAGUACAGCUUUUACGGAGGAUGUUCGCCCCGGCCUCUGGUCAUGGACCAAGCUCGACGAUACGACCGCCGUCGGUCCUCGCAUCGGCCCAGUCCUACAAAGCGUAUUCAUCGCCAGCUCCGACAGCAACGACAGCCUUGUUUCCCCAGAACGGCAGCACGAACUUGAAAAAGGAAAUGCUAUCCAGUACCGCACAUGCAGUUGGCAAAAGACUGCCGCGCUGCUCUUUUCCGAGUACAUUUGCUUGGCUAUCAUGAGCUUUCCGUGGUCAUACAGUGUCUUGGGUCUUGUUCCUGGAUUAAUCUUAACGGUGGUCGUAUGUUUGGUCGUGCUCUACACCUCAUUGGUCUUGUGGGAGUUUUGUCUACGCCAUCCCGAAGUCCGGGACGUCUGUGAUAUCGGCCAAAUGCUGUUCUGGAACAAAAAUUGGGCUUGGUGGGCCACUGCCAUCAUGUUUCUGCUCAACAACACAUUUAUCCAAGGCUUGCAUGUCGUCGUGGGCGCCGAAUAUCUCAACACCAUGACCGGCACAGACCCGCGUGUCGCUUGUCGGACUGUCAGCUUCGGCAUUAUUGUCGCGCUUGUCUGCUGGCUCUGCUCACUCCCACGAACAUUCAAUACGUUGUCCAAGCUUGGAGUAUUUUCUGCUUUCUUUACCUUUAUUUCUGUCCUCCUUGCUGCCGCCUUUUCUGGCGCACAGAAACACCCAGCUGGCUAUGAUCCCCGCCCAUCAUUCACGUCAGACUCCGGAGUAGCGUCAAUCGGAGGCAGCCCCAUCGUGACCGCCUUUCCGGUCAAGUCAGCGUCCUACAUUGCCUGUUUCAAUGCCUUUCUCAACAUCUCUUAUACUUUCAUCGGGCAAAUCACACUCCCCAGCUUCAUCGCCGAGAUGAGAGAGCCAAAGGACUUCCCAAAAGCCUUAUGGGCUUGUGCCAUUGCCGAGGUCAUCCUGUUCAGCGUUGUCGGAGCGGUGAUUUACGCGUACACCGGAAACCAGUACAUGACUGCACCUGCCUUUGGUUCACUCCAAGAAACGUACAAGAAGGCUGCCUUCUCGUUCAUGAUUCCGACCAUCAUUUUCUUGGGCGUCCUGUACGCCUCGGUUUCGGCACGUUUCAUCUUCUUUCGCAUCUUUAAGAACUCCCAACAUAGGACCGAGCACACGGUUACCGGAUGGUCAACAUGGGCGGCUAUUCUUCUGACAACAUGGAUUGCCGCUUUCGUAAUUGCAGAAGUCAUUCCAUUCUUCUCCUCCCUCCUUUCCCUCAUGUCAUCACUCUUUGACAGCUUCUUCGGCUUCAUCUUCUGGGGCGUUGCCUACUUCCGGAUGCGCAAAGCGGACUCGACAGCCGGCAUUGCAAGAAAGAGAGGCAUCGGCACCAUCCUGCUGGGGGUGACCAACCUCAUCAUCAUACUCGUUGGCUUCCUCUUUCUUACCUUUGGGAGCUAUGCGAGUGUGUUGGGGAUUUUGGAAGCGUAUGAAACGGGAUCAGUCAGGAGCGUGUUUUCGUGUGCGAGUAACGGUCUUUGA